ACUGAAAGAUAGCAAUGUUGUUUGUACGCCUCUUGUGACGUAACACGUGUGUGUGUGUGUGUGCGUGUGCGUGUGUGUGUGUGUGUGUGUUGCCUUCACGGCCAAUCUCCGAAGGGUUCCACACGGGAGGCGUGGCCUGUGGUCCAGUGGCUUCCGGAAACAUUUGCUGUGUUUAGCCUGAACGCAGCAGUGGGCCGAGGGGGCGUAGAUGGCGUAUGCAAACUAUCCACGCCCCCUACUGCCUUCCCCCGUGAUCAGUGACGUCACAGCAGCGGCCCGUGCUGGUUCCAGCUGACUGGCGGAGAGAGAGAGAGGGAAAUAAGAGCUAUCAUCAUCAUCAUCAUCAUCAUCAUCACCUCUGCUGCAUCGGUUCUUUUCUGGAAGCUUCUUUUAUUGCUUUAUCUUCUUUCCCCCCCACAUACUCUUCAUCUCACCUUUUUUGUCCCUUUCCGGUCUUCCCCUCCACCAGGACCUGUCUGUCUCCAUGCUGCUUUUUGUCCUCUUUUAAAGCGUCUCUUUUCCCGCCAAGGGACGUUUCAUGUCCACCGAGUGCACGUGUGGAGGACUCGGCUGCACGGGGGCGCUGUGACAGGAGCUCCUGAGGGUCCGCAGGGGGGGGGGAGCUGUCACCAUGGUGCCAUUUUGGAGAUAAACCUUAUUCUUCGUUAACUUCAUGUGACGUGCACGCACCUGCUGCGCGCGCGCGCACCUUUUUUUUUUUUGGCGUCGCUAAUUGGAUUAUUUGGAACUCGAACGGGUCGCUGACCCCCCCCUCGUGAUAUGUCGAAACCUCUGGUGCAGCUCCUGCCGCCGGAUCUCCCCUCAGGGACCAGCCCCCACUUCGGGGCCCCCAGCUCGGUGGCCGGCGGCCCCCAGGCUGGCCCCCUCACCUCCAUGACCAACCUCAAGACCCUGCUCCAGCUGCCAAUCAAGGCCGACCAGAGGGGCCACAAGGACUGCUGCGAGAUGAAAGACCGAGAUAAACCAUUGGACUCGGAUGAGGACUCGCUGGGAACCGGGUCCGGAGGGCCCAACGGACUGGGGGGCAGCCUGGGCUCGGGCCCCCUGCGUCCCAAUUCCCAGUCGGCAUUCCUGGGGCCCCUGUUGUGGGAGCGGACCCUGCCGUGCGACGGCGGCCUCUUCCAGCUGCAGUACAUGGACCUGGAGGAGUUUUUGACUGAGAACGGGAUGGGCAUGCACGGCAACGGGCCCAGCUCGGCCAGCGCCAAGAUCCCGUCUCAGAGUUCCCAGUCAGCCGUGCCCAACCAGAGCUCCCAGUGCCCCCCCAGCUCUCCUCCAUCAUGCUCCUCCUCGUCCUCCUCCAUGUCGUCCUCCUCGUCCUCGUCCUCUCUGCUUGGAUUGGAGACCGUGCAGCCACCGCCCCAACAACAACAGCAUCAAGCCAUGAUUGGAGCACCUGAGUGCGUACACGGCAGUCAGGCCGUGCCACAGAAUCCCUCCCCAACUUCCACCGGCCCCCCUGGAUCCGAGGGCACUUCGGCACCCGCCAACGGCACCAGCGACGUACAGGUGAACUUUGACCCUGACCCGGCGGACGUGGCGCUGUCCAGCGUGCCGGGCCAGGAGGCCUUCGACCCGCGCCGGCACCGCUUCAGCGAUGAGGAGCUGAAACCUCAGCCCAUGAUCAAGAAGGCUCGCAAGAUGCUGGUGCCCAAUGAGCAGAAGGACGAGAAGUACUGGUGCCGCCGCGUCAAGAACAACGAGGCGGCCAAGCGCUCGCGAGAUGCCCGCCGCCUAAAAGAGAACCAGAUCUCGGUGCGGGCGGCCUUCUUGGAGCGGGAGAACGCCGCCCUGCGACAGGAAGUGGCCGACAUGAGAAAGGAGCUGGGCCGCUGCCGGAACAUCAUCAACAAGUACGAGAGUCGCCACGGCGACCUGUGAGGAGGCCGAGGGAGCUUAACGACAGCAGCACUUUAGAGGAGGAAGUGCGGUGUUGACCAGCAGGCGGCGCCUUGCCACAUGUCAUUUUAGUGCGUCCCUCAGGGCAGGAUAAGUCCGCCCACUCUCCCCCCCCCAUCCCCCAUGUAGACAUCACCUCAUGUCACACAGUUGCUCCACCCACUUUUAGGAGGGGGUGACGUCACUUUUAAGAUAAAGGUCGGGAGGAGGGGGGGUCGUCUUUUCUAUGUAUGAAAAGUAUUUUUGACAGAAAGGAGGGGCAGGGCUGCGAGGAUGCGGGUCCAAGGUGUCCAUCACGCAAAGAGAAUUCAUGUAUAUUUUUCUACGCGCGCACGCCAGCAGGGCCAGCAGGACCGCCACUUUUCUAGCUUUUAUACAUGGGCGGGGUGUUCUGGCGCCCACCAUAAAGAAUCUAUUUUCACUCAGCGCAGGCGGGGGAGGGGGUGCGUCACAGAAUGUAUCACGGUCCAAUCAGGUAUUUCCUACGGUGCAAGAGGGCGGCGUGUGCGGUUGGAGCGCGGGUUAGGGUUCACAGGUCAGGGGGUCGAUGUACAGUCCUUACACUUUUUUUUGGUUGUUGUCCUUCCUUCAACUUCACUUCCUGCUUUGGACGCCGCGUCUGGCUCGUGUCCCCCCCACUGACGUCAUUUCACACUACCGCCACACACACACACACACACACACACACACAAACACAUGGGUCGUGACCCUCCUUAUUGUUGUUUUGGACUUUGAUGGUGCUGAUAUUCACCUGAAACACAAACACACGCACACACACACACACACACACACAAAGUGAACUGCCUCUUGAUUUUUGUUUAAAUCCUUUUUGCAUUGAUUUGUGCUGGCGUAUGGAUAAAAGUGUAUCUGAAUGACACGUCUAUACCUCUCCUUAAAAACCUUUCCAGCCAUGGAUGCUCCCUACUGAUAAUACUGUACUCUUCUACUCUCACUAUAUAUAAAUAUAUAUAUAUAUAAAUAUAUAUAUAUAAGUGUACAUGAUAUAUGCUUGAAAUAUGUGAUCAUAGUUGUAAUAUACAUCAUUGAAUAUAUUACAGGAAAAGAAAACUAUUGAAAUCAGUUUGUCAGAUUUUCUCUCAGGUGUUUUUGUCUGAGUUUAAAAAAAACAAAUAAAAAAAACACAUAUUAAAAAAUGAUAUGCCAAAAAAAGUCGACAUUUGGUUGCACAGUUUGUGGAUUGUUGCCGGGUGGUGGGAAGGGAAUCUGUUGUUGUUCUACUUUUCAAUCAUGUUUAUUAAAGACGGCUUGACUGAUAAGCCCCGCCCACAUUUAGCUGGACUGUCAUGGCCGACACGUCGCGUGUCCAAAUGUCUUUAACCAUUAACAUAUUUGAUCUAUCCAAUGAGCAAUCUUUAUAUUUAUUUUUCUACCCGACCAUCUAUUUUCUAUCCAUCUAUAUCUAUGACUAUCCACCUCUGUGCUGCUGUUAGCUAAAGCGAUGCUAAUGCUAAUCUGAGAACCGUGACAAUCCAAACGUGCUCAGGUGUGUUGAUGACCGCCAUCUUCAUUCCACCAUGACGCCAGACGGUCAGUUGAACAAUUUUUUUCUUCUCUCUUUUAAUUAAACAAAGCUUGAAAGUAAAAUACCAAAAUGGGAACAAACUUACCACAUUCUGCUAAGCUGUUGUUUUCUUCCUUUUACUCGCAAAACCCCUCCCCGCCCCACUAACUUGUGACUUUGAAUCCUGGGGUAAAAACACGCGUGUUUGUGUGUGUGUGUUUUUUCUAUUUGAGACUUUGGAACCUUUUUUCUAUGUCAAGUGUGCAAUUGUCCGGCCGGGUGCAAUACUCCUUCUCGCCACGUGGGGUUGUUCACAACAUUAACGCCAGCCUGGUUGUUUCUCUUACGUUUCCUUGUUGUGACUGUUAACUACUUCUACUUCUACUACUCUUACUAAUACAAUUACUAGCGCCACCACGUCACACUUUUAAUGACGACACCAAUAAACCGUUGUCUUUUCCAACCA